UUCCGUUUCAGUUGUGAGGAUAAACAAAUUUUCUUUGAACAGUUGAAUCCUUUGUUCAAUGUUUUAGAAAAGAAAUGGAAUGUGAAUAUACCAAAGACAGAUUAAGUGAAGCACUUGUCCUCGCAAGAACUAGAGCAACUGAUUUCGAAAGCGUGAAAAAGCUCAACUUUUGGGGUUCAGGCAUUAGAGAUGUGAGUGUGGUGAAGAAACUUCCCAAUUUAGAAGUAUGUAGCUUAAGUGUGAAUAACAUAUCAACAUUGGAGGACUUUUCAGAAUGUGAAAAUCUUAGGGAAAUAUUCAUUAGAAAAAAUAAAAUUGAAGAUUUAUCAGAAAUUUGUCACUUAAAGACAUUGCCAAACUUGAAGAAUUUAUGGUUGGCAGAUAACCCAUGUGAUCAGACUGAAAACUACAGACAAACUGUAUUGAAAACUCUACCAAAUCUUCAGAAGUUAGACAACAUAGCUGUGUCAGAAGAUGAGCUUGCUCAAGCCCAGGAGGACGGUGUAGAUUUGUCACUUGAUGGAGAUCAAGAUGAUGAAGAUGAAGAGGUCCAAAAUGAGAUAACUGAUGAAACACAGCAAGAAAUUAACAAAAAUGAAGAGGAAAAUAAAAUAGACGCAACAGAAAGUGAAAUUGACACUCAGUCUUCUAAAAAUGAAACUCCUAUUUCAAAUGGUGCUACUAAAAAAGAUAUUAAUAAAAAGAAAGAACAGAAGCCGAGAGAAAAAGGACUUGCUGAUUCCAUGUUAGAUCCAGUAACAUUGUCUUGGGAGGAAACAAAUAAAAUCAGAGAAGAGUUGGGAUUGAAACCACUGCCAUUAGAGAAAAUAACAUCUCCUAGACCAGUGCGGAGUACUAAAGAAAAAUCACGGAAUGCCCAUGUGUUACAAGCUGUUUUGCUUCUUUUAAGAGAUCUGGAUAAAGACCAUCUUGAGAUUGUUCAGAACACAGUGCAAAAAAUGCUCUCAUCGGAUUCUUAAAACAAUGAUUAAUUUUUACAAUAUAAAUCAUUCACAUAUUAACCAAUUUUCUUAUGAUUUUUCAAUGUUAUAUUGAUUGUUACGGAAGCUUUAAGGAAAAAUCUGUGUUACUGUGGAGUCAUUUAUUUUCGUGGGUACCAAUUUUUGUGGAUAGAGGAAAAAUUACAUGUGUGUUGAUAUUUAAUUUUGUGGUUUUGGCAGUCUGCAUACAAACCUAUAGUUAAUAUGUUAUUCGUUAAACAUUUAAUUUCGUGGUUCACCUGUACCCACAAAAUUCACGAAAAUUGGUAUCCAACGAAUUAUAAUGAAUCCACAGUAUUCAAGUUUGUUUUAUUAAAAGUGAAACGGCUAUAUCAUGGUAACUACCCCUUACAUUUUCCACUGGACUUUAAGUUAACAAAAAUAAAUUGAUCAAUGAUUUUACAUUUUUUCUAGAAUUCUGCUUAUUUAAAAGAAUUAUUUUUUCAACAACUCAUAUUUUUAAACUGAUAUUUCAUUAAUCUGAAUCUAAAAGAAAAUUAGUAAACUUGUAAAUGAUUUAUUUUGUAUUGUUUGUGUAUAAGAUACUACAAGAAAUAGAUUGUGUAAUUGUUGCAUGCAACUUGCAUUUAUGUAUUUAUUCCAUGUUACUAGAAUCAUAUAUAUUUUCAUAUUUUUUUUCAUUCUUUUUUGUACUCUUUCUGAAAUUGUCAAAUGUAUUAACUAAGAAGGCAUUUUUAUACACAAAAAUUAGACACAGAAUAGAGAGUACAGGGUAAUAAACAAAAGGCCAUAUUUAAGGGCAAGAAAUAAAGAAUAGAGAAAAAUAAAGAAUAGAGAAUAAUCGUGUGCUAAAUUAAAAAGAAUAGUGGAGAAAAGGCAAAGGAAAUAUAAAGAAUAGAGAAAAUUGAAUAAAAAUAUAAAGAAAAGAGAAACAAUGGCCCUCAUCCAGACCCUCACACAUGUCACCAGAUUUCAAAGGUUCUGAUGUUCAAAUAAUGCCUCAGAACCUAUAUAGAAAACAAUGAUUAAAAGGCUCAAGUUUUCAUGAAAUCACAGAAAUUUACAUUCACAAAAUAUUUUUUUUUCACAAUAUAUACCAGUUUAGUAUAAGUUUGUUUUA